GGUCUGCACCAUCCAUUUGCGAGUUAGCCUUUUCCUCCGAUUCGCAAAUUCCACAAGCUCCUCUUUUACACUUUCUCUCACUUCCGUUCCAUUACUCUCUCUCUCUCUCUUGGAAAGAAGAAUUUUGAUGGUUGGCCCUUAAAACACAAUCUUCAAACUCAUUAAUGGCUGUUUCUUUGAAUUCAGUCAUCUCCUUCAAUCCCACCGUAAACUACCAGCAGGUGAGGAGAGCUAAUAAUAGGAUAUUAUUAGUCAAGGUCCCUACUCCGACUUCUCUGUGGGCCCCACUUGGAUUAAUACAAUCCGCACCAAUUCGGAAAAGAUCAAGAUUCUACGUUUUAGCUGCUGCUGAUAAUAAUGUUGCCAUAGAGACUACUGAUAAUGACUCUAAAUCUAUUGAAACCGAUGACGGAAAUGCUUUAUUAAUCCCAGCUAGUAGUGAUGAAGUUGCGCCUGAGGAGACUAAUGAAGGGGCAUUAUCGGACACAUCAAACUCGACCCCGAAAAGAGGACCGUUAACCGCAAGAGAGAGACUUAGGGCAGCGAGGGUACUGAACCGAUACACGGAUCCAAAGCCAUCGAAAGCAGAGCUUGGUAGCAAACUAAUGGAGUCCCUAAGAGAAACCGACAAGGGUAAAAGACGCCCGAGUCUUCCGGAAGCACCUACAAAUAUGUUGGACGACAACAAAAGAGGAAAGCCGGAAAAAGGUUGGACUAUCAACAUAUCUGCUGGUAUGGAUGUCAUUGUCGUUGUCUUUUCUUUUGUCUUUAUUAGCUCUGCCAUGUUUGCUACUACUUACUUAGUUUGGAAACUCGGUGCCAUUCAUUUCAACGAGUUGUAGAAGGCUCUAUUUGUAUAUUUUUGCCUUUUUUUUUUGGGCUUUUGGAUAAUCAAUCUUAUUGUUAGCAAUCUGGCUUUUGUAUGUCUACAGGAUUUUUACUAUUUUUUUUUUGCGAUCAGAAAAUUAUGUACCGCGCUUUGCUAUUCUUAUAGAUAUCCGGAAUACAUACUUGUAUGUUUGUAUUA